AGGGGUAUAAAAAAAAAAGUUCCUUUCCUUUAUACUACUCUUUGCCUUUACCUCAAUAUUCUUAAAAGACAAAAGACUUAAUCAUAAUCAGUUCACAUUCUCAACUAAACCGCGACUUACAAUAUGCUCCCAUAUAUAAUCUUUGGUGGUGCUGUUAUAAUAAUUUGGUUGCUUAAGAAAUCACUUUCUACUCCAAAUUUAAAACGAGUUGUAGCAAUUGAUACAGAAAGUGUCGGUGGGGGCCAUUGCGGCUCUGUGAACAUACUUGCAAGAGUCUCCAUUGUCGAUAGACAAAGAGUCAUAUAUGAUGAGUAUGUUAAACCAUGUAUGCGGGUUACAGACUAUAGGACGCCAUGGAGUGGAAUACGUGAAAAAGAUCUCGCUAAAGCCAAGAAGACAUAUGAUGAGGUCAGACAGGAGGUGGCAAGGAUUGUUCAAGACUGCAUUUUGGUUGGCCAUGAUUUGAAAUUUGACCUGAUGAAUUUGGCUUUUUCUUCUUCUUACAAUAUUCGGGAUACCUCUUUGCACACGCCAUUUAGAUAUAGUUCAACGAAGCCGAGUCUUAAGCGUUUAGCGAAGAUAUACCUGAACAGGGAUAUACAAGUCGGCGAUCAUUGCUCGGUUGAGGACGCGCGCGCAGCCAUGGACCUUUAUCUCCUGGUUGAAAAUGAAUGGGAGAAAGAAAUGGCGUUUUAAUGCUACUUCGAGAAAACGAAGCAAAACCCGCCCUGCGCCCUGCCCACGGCCUGGGGCAAUUUAUUUUAAGCUACAAGUCUAAACAAUACUAUAGCAAUGAUAUUAUAACUAAAGGUAGGUUAUAGGCAUUCCAAAAUUGAAGCGCUUACCUUGUACAAAUUGUAUAAGCUAAUUUAAAAAAGAGUAUGACAAAAACGAAUGGAAUGCGAUAAUUAAUCAAAAAUAACAGAUUUUAGCGUAGGUAUACAUAUAAAUAAAUAUGAAAGUAUUUUUUGUGCUCCAUAUGUAUAUGACGGGGUAGGAUUGAGAACUGGACUGAGUGGGCGUUCAUUUUCUUCAGGAUCCUGCAUUAUGGGUAGCCUCAAGCAAUAAUGAAAACACCAGAAAUAACUUAAUCACUUUUACUGAAUGAUUGGUUUACAAUAAUGGACAAAGGAAACAAUACACAGAGGUAAGCCGAACAGACACGUCCGCUCGCUACGAGCUCUCACAAUCGAAUGCCCGAAGCGCCCCAACGGCCAUGUCCAAGUUGACAAACCGGUCAUGUCAUACUUGCGUUCGGCGGCCGGAAACCGGAUGCGAUACUCCGACACGGCCAUCUCUGAUGACUCACACGUCCUCGUGUGUGUUACCUGUAAAGACCAUACCAAGACAGUAACUUCGCUCGGUUAUUCUGACCGUGCACACUUGAGACCUUGUGACAAUGUGUAUUGAAACACAACUCCAAAUGAUCGCAUUUAAUCUUUAUUCUAAAUUACCAUACACAUUAUUACAAAUCAUUACAAUCUCAACAUCCAUUGUAAUAAGAUUAUCUUAAAUCAACACCAAAUAGCGCCGCACCAACGGCUCAUCUUACUUUCGCUUCGACGAAAAUAAGGGUAACCAGAAACGCAUGUAGUUGUCGCACCAACGACUCAUCUCGUUAACGCACCAACGUAACGAUAAUGAACAUGCCACCGCACCAACGGUUCAAUUUAGUAAUAACGGUCUUAAUGUAUGGCGCUGCAACGCCUGCUCCAGUAUAGAGCGCAUCAACGUUAAUAUAAGAUACAGUGCUAAGGCGCAUCAACGCCUAUUUUAGUUUAUAGCACAUCAACGUUUUACGUUAGUAAAACUGCUUUUAGGCGCUACAACGCCGUUUGGUGUUUAAACGUUGCUGCGAUCGUCACUAGAUGCACAUGAGUCAGUUACAUCAUCUAAUUCCACAGGAACCUCAUGAUUAGGUACCUUUCCUCACUCUGUCGUGUGAGUACUUGUAUGUUCUGUUAGAAUUCAGAGAUUUCAGCCGAUAUCUGUCGUUAUCCAAAACUUCUAUGAUUUUAAACGGACCCUUAAAUUUAGGGUCUAACUUGGUCUGGUUUCUUUCCUCGUUUUCUAAAAGAACAUAGUCACCCACAUCAAACAGUUUUACAGCAGCUUUACUCUUAUCGAACCUAGUUUUAUCAUACAAAGCAGAUUUUCAAAUGUUCUGUACUGCACGUUCCCUUAUUGCAUCAAGAUCAACAUCAUUAUCAUCAUCAUCAAUUACUGUCAUUAGCCCCAGCGGUCUAGCCACCUUUCCAAUCAUUAGCUCCAGGGGGCUAGCUUUCGUUACCCGAUUAAUAGUUGAGUUCAUUGCCAAUUGUACCUCACCAAGAGCGUCUUGCCAAGAACGAUACCUACUCGAUUCUACCGCAGUUAGCAUACUCUUCAGAGUACUCAUCACCCUCUAAACCUGGCCAUUCGCGCGACUACUGCCUGUUGCAAUAAGGUGUAGCUGUAUGUUAUGACUUUCACAAUAGUUGGCAAACUCUUUACUGGCGAAGCACCUGCCCUGGUCAGCCACCACACGAGUAGGUGCACCGAACAACGCUAUGCAUGAUUCCAAGGCUUUGAUGCUAUUCUUACUAUCAAUGUUCAUCGAGUGGAGAAGCAAGACAAAUUUCGUGAACGAAUCAAUCAACACGAACACAUAUUCUUUGACAUCAUUUUUGCCACUAAGCUUCCCGGAAGCAUCAAUGUGCACUGUAUGCCAUGGAGUAUUUGCUUUAGGGAUGGGGUGUAGCUCGGCCUGAACUCUACCCGAACGUGGCCUUGAGAUUCUG